AGGAACGAGAGAAGAACUUCUCGCUCAUUAGCUGCUGAGGUGUCAUUCUUUCUUCAUCGUCUUCACAGCUCUCCUGGAAGCGAAGUCAGCCCUGAAUAAAAAUGGGCGAAUGGGAGCUCCUGGGCCGCCUGCUGGACAAGGUGCAGACUCACUCUACAGUCAUCGGAAAAGUCUGGCUGACGGUUCUGUUCGUCUUCCGCAUUCUGGUUCUGAGCAUUGGUGCCGAGAAGGUGUGGGGCGAUGAGCAGUCGGACUUUGUUUGCAACACCAAGCAGCCCGGCUGUGAGAACGUCUGCUACGACCUCGCUUUCCCCAUCUCUCACGUGCGUUUUUGGGCCAUCCAGAUUAUCGCCGUGGCCACGCCCACGCUGGUCUACCUUGGUUACGUCCUCCACAUCCUCCACGCUGAGAAGAAGAUGAAGGAGAAAAUGAAGAAGCAGGCGGGGCUGGACGACCAGGCCAUGUUGUUCCUGAGGCGGAGCUACAAAAUCCCCAAGUACACGAAGAGCAGCGGGAAAGUGAACAUCCGCGGCCGCCUCCUUCGUAGCUACGUCUUCCACCUGGUGGCCAAGAUAGCACUGGAGGUCUUGUUCAUCGCGGGCCAGUACUUCCUGUACGGCUUGACCCUGGAUCCCCUCUACGUGUGCUCCCGCUGGCCGUGCCCCCACCAGGUGGACUGCUUCCUGUCCCGGCCCACGGAGAAGUCGCUCAUCAUCUGGUUCAUGCUGGCGGCGGCGCUGGUGUCGCUGGCGCUCAGCGUGGUGGAGCUGCUCUACCUGUGCAUCAAGGCCUUCAAGGAGUGUGUGACGAGGAGGCGGGACUACACCGUCACGCCUGUCUCGCACAGGAGGGCGUGCACGCUCAGGGAUGACGUGGUCCAGAAUCGUGCCAACCUGGAGCUGGAAGGGCGCAAGUUUGGGGUGAUGGGCGGAGUUAAUGACAUAGCUGGAAAAAUGUCACCUGGCAACAUGGGGUCGGGGGAGGUGCAUAUCUGAGUGUGUGCGUGUGUGUGUGUGUGUGUGUGUGUGUGUGUGUGUGUGUGUGUGUGUGUGUGUGUGUGUGUGUGUGUGUGUGUUCCUUCCCUUCUUGAGACAUCAACAACAUGGAAAAGUACCUUUCAUAUGAGGACUGGUGAAGAAGUUUGGACAUAAAUCAGUGUCCCAAUACAGAAAACCAUUGCAUCUCAUAGAGAAUGUCCAAUUUGGACCCAUGCUGGUGAAAUCUAUCGAAAAAAGAGGGUCUCCUUAAACGGAGGGAUUUUUCAUAAUUGACUGUGUGUCGGUUUUAAAAGUGCUCACCCUCUGGUCAAUAUAUGAAAUAACAAAUGUGUGUAAAAUGUUUAAGUGCUCCCCCUCUGGCCAACAUAAGUAAUAACAAGUGUGUGUAAAAAAUUGAAAUGCACCGCUUUUGGCCAAAAUUAAUUAAAAAAAUAAAAUAUGUGUAUAGAGACAUACCAAUACUAAUAACUUAAAGAAAAUGAUGAACAUUAAGAACCAAGUACAAAAAAAAAACUCCAAAAUAAUAAUCAACUAUAAGCUUACCUUUUUUUAUAUGUACAUAGUAUGUAUAUAUUAUUAAUGUUGUGAAUACAAAUUUGUAUACAUCUAAAAAGGGUGGUCCUAAAGAUGUAGGCAUUUUUCAGAGGUCUCAAGAAGGUAACAAAAACAAUGCGUGCGUGUGCGUGUGCGUGUGCGUGUGUGUGUGUGUGUGUGUGUGUGUGUGUCUGUUUGUGUGUGUGUGUCUGUUUGUAUUUCUACCCUUCUUGAGACAUCAGCAAGGAAAAGUACCUCCCAUUUUAAGACCGGUGAUCAAGUUAGGACAAAAAAAUCAUGGUCCUAAUACGGAAAAGUAUUGCAUCAAAAAGAGAAUGUCUCAUUUUCACCCCUGGUGGUGAAAUCUACUAAAAUGAGGGUCGGUUUUAAAAGUGCUCCCCCGCUGGCCAACAUAUGGAAUAACAAGUGUGUGUAAGAAAAUUUUAAUUUCCCCUCGGGGAUUAAUAAAGUAUGUCUGAUUCUGAUUCUGAACUUGAAAUGAGCCCUCU